AUGAUUCCACAGUCUUUGGCGAGCGCCUUGGCGCUUUCAGGAGCAGCUUUCGCCUUUUCAGAUUCCUCCCCAUGGGUGCUAUUGUCGACCUCUGAAAUGCCCCGUCAACCCAACGCAAACCAGCUACAGACGAGCUCGGAAGUGGCCAAAUUCACAAAGGACUUCCUCGGCGGCUGCCCCACCGACCGGUACCUCAUUGUCACGCAACCGGGCCUGAGAGCAACCGAUCUGGGCCAAGCCGAUGGCUGCUCCAUGCCUCACCUCUGCCGAAUCGUUCAAGACGCCCACGUCAAGGGGCAAUACUCUGUCGCAGAGGUGGUCGGAGACGUCACAGGAGCCAGGUAUACGGAGCAUAUCCGCGCAGCUUGCAGCGAGAAGGGCAAAGUCGCUAGCGUGAUUCAAGUCCCGUUGGAACCGUUGUCGCCAGACAGCAGAGCGCAAAUCCUCGGAAGAAACGAUGAUGCUCUAAGCAAGGAACUCGACGCGACCACGUUGGGAAACAGCUACACCAUCUUGCUCUACGCGCCACCCAGGGAACCGCUCUACGAUUCUGAGUUCCUCCAGCCGCUGCAUCUUGAUAUGAAGAGAGGGGUCGACGAUGCCCCAGUGCCGCGAGCCAACGACACGCAGCGCGACACACGGCCUUUGUUCGAGAAGUACCAGUUCUUCACCCCGGGUAUCUUUAUGGGCAUAAUCGUGGCGCUCGUUUUGCUGUCUAUCCUUGGCGCUGGUAUCCGUGGUCUCGCCAGCCUCGAAGUGUCAUAUGGUGCGUUUGACAAAGAGAUGGGCCCUGCAGCACAGAAGAAGCAGCAGUAG